AGCCAGUUUCUGCAAGUUACUCACAUCUCUCCGUCCGGCACCAUGUCCUACAACUGCUCCACAAAGAAACGCUCUUCCAGGCUGAUUGGAGGACAGUACACUGUGCCAGUGGCCCCAGUUGCCACAGUUUCUACCCCGGAUGUCGACUGCCUGAGUGGCAUCUAUUUGCCCAGCUCCUUCCAAACUGGCUCCUGGCUCCUGGACCACUGUCAGAAGACCUGCUGCGAGCCCACUGCUUGCCAGCCAACCUGCUACCAGCCAACUCCUUGUGUCUCCAGCCCUGUCCAGGUGACCUGCUCUCGGAAGACCACUUGUGUCUCCAACCCUUGCUCAACUCCCUGCAGCCGGCCGCUCACCUUUGUCUCCAGUGGCUGUCAGCCCCUGGGCGGCAUCUCUACUGUGUGCCAACCAGUGAAAAGUGUCUCCACUGUCUGCCAGCCGGUGGGAGGAGUCUCCACCAUCUGCCAACCAGCCUGCGGGGUCUCCAGGAUGUACCAGCAGUCCUGCGUGUCCAGCUGCCGAAGACUUUGCUGAGUUUGCAGAGGCCCGUGAGCGAAUCAAGACUCCACGACCUGCCAACUGUGUUUCCAGGAUCUUCCAACAAGCUGCCUGUCCCUGAAUAACUCUUCAUUGCUGACCCCCUGUUCCGUCUGAUUGCUGGCUGCCAGGCUUGAAUAAGCUGACUUUGGCAAUCUAACGUUUUUCUGGCCAGCACCAAUCUUGUUUUAGGGGUUUGAUCACUGGUGGCACGUAUACCUCUGGAUGUUUCCAGAAACUUACCACCGAUGCCCCAGUCUCUAGUGGCUUUGACAUGUUUUGACCUAGUUGCUUUGUCUUCUAGCUUGUUUUUGUGCCUCGGAAAAAGGGAACUUGUUUCGCUCUGUAUUUCUCAAUAAACCUUAAUUACUUGGCAUUGCAAA